CUCAAGUGUAACCGCCGCGCCGCCGAAAAGGUAAAAAGCACCGUGUGGCGUCCUCAUUUUCCUCCACCUGUCACCCGGCAGUCGCCCCACGCUGUCCAUCCUCGUAAAACACCUCCCAGUUUUUUGUAAUGUACAUUACUCAAAUCUUUCCAGGCAGAUAGACAGUCACUCAUUCCGUGUGAAAGACAGAGUCUGAGGUCUUUAUAUAUAGAUCAUCUCCUCUGUUUCAAAAACCAAACAAAAAAAUAGAGUUUUGAUCCGCUGCCCCAUGCAGAAUUUCAACAAGAAGCUCAAACAAUCACGGGAAUUUCCCGCCACUCACGCGCCGCCGCAUCUCGCCGGCGAUCAUGAGUAUUCCGUCAUCGUCUCCGCCCUAAAGUGCGUCAUAAAUGGCAUCGGGGGACCCUCAUUGGAGUCUCGUCAUUCUCCGUGCUCUGCCUCUUCCUCCGCCUCGACCACUUCCUCACCCGGCGGCGGAGACACGUGCAACAUUUCCUGGGCCCCGCCGGAGACGGGGGAGGAUGAGAAGAUGAGAAGUGCAGGGGAGAAGAAUGGGGUGAAGAAGAAGAAGAAUUACAGAGGAGUGAGGCGGAGGCCGUGGGGGAAAUGGGCAGCGGAGAUUCGGGACCCGCGGAAGGCGGUCAGGGUGUGGCUGGGGACCUUCCGAACGGCGGAAGAGGCCGCCCGUGCCUACGACCGGGCCGCCAUUGAGUUCAGAGGCCCGAGAGCGAAGCUCAACUUUUCCUUCUCCGAUUACAUGACUGCCGCUCCAAGCCCGCCGCCGGAGCAGAGCAAUUCAAGCGGUUAUUCAUCGGCAGGUACGACGAGGAAGGGAACUGGUGAAAUCUGGGAAUUGGCGGGAGAUGGGGAGGUUCAAGAGUGGCUUAUGAUGAUGGAUUUCAAUGCAUCAGAGAUCAUUGCAUUUACCAAUUCUGGGCAUUUUGUCUGACCUAAGAUAUGUGACAAAUUUGAUUAAAUGUCAUUUGUUUUUUCCUAAUCAAUUUUACGGGGCAUUCCUCUAUUGUAAUUUUACGAAAAGAAUAUCCAUAAAUUUAUCGUUUUAAAUAGAUUUGGUUCAACCAUCUUACUAGAGCAUUCGUAAUGGUCUCUGCUACGUCAGCUUUAACUUACAUUUGAAUUUCACUAGAAAUGGAUUUGAAGUUCAGAGCUUCAAACCUCUAUUUUUAAAUAUAUACUUGUAUCUUCUAAGAUUAAAUUAAUAACAUUUUA